AUGCUGCUGCUCGCCGACGACUUUGCGCCCGUGCUCGGCGAGCUCGGCCUAGCGGGCCGAUACAUUGUGCUGGAGGGUCUGCUCAACGAACUCGGGAUAGCCGACCUCAGUACGUUCGAGGCUUUGCUCUUGCACGAUACGGGCGCGGUGCUCGACGCGAUCCGAAGCCGCACCGCUGCAGCCGCAGAGGCUGGUGCGGCGGCUUAUGCCAGCUCAGCCACGAGCAAUGUUGUUGUGUCCCCAAGCAGCACUGCUACCGCUGGCGUAAUCUCUGUGCAGCACAAGGGCAGCUUCUCCCGCACUCUCGUCAGCACAGACACGCAAACCACGCUAAGGGGCUCGGACAUCCAUGCAGCCGCGAGUGCUGAGAUGCUGCUUCGGCAGGAGUUGGAAGAGAAGUUGCGGUCACGGGCGCUCGCGUCGGCGCGGGAUGAGCUUGCUGCGGCACAAGAGCUGAGGCGCUCCGACCGCGACAACCUGAGGACAGCGCAGCAGGCUGCUAAACGCGACAUCAAAGCGGCCGAGCGGAUGGCCGACGAGGUAAAACACGCAGCUCGAGCUGAUUUUGAGUGGCGUAUCGGCGAGAUGCGUGCCAAGAUGCAGGCUGAGCUGCGCGAGCAGCUCGACGCGCUGCAGAUUUCGAUGGAGGCAGAGGCGAGGCGCGCUGAUGCCGCAGCGUGGCGGAGAGAGGCGCAGCUCGGCAAGCACGAAUAUAGUGAUUGUUAA